CUCCUCCACCAGCCCUCCUCCACCCCCCUCUCCUCCUCUUAGCAUCUGAAAAGACCACUGAGUGAGAAUCGAUGGCGCAGAGGCCCGCUUGACAGGACAAUAAACCACAAAGAAGGGCCUCUCCACCGUGACGACGCAGCGAUGCCCCAUCAUCACAGGGAGUUGGACCCCUCUCCGUCUCCGUCUCCGUCUCCGUCCCGCCGCCUGGGCCCGGCCUCCCUCCGCCCGCAGACACCGACGCCCGGCCACGACUUCCCAUGAGGCCACCACCAGAACUCAGCUCGACCCGCUCUGUAUGGGGCCUCUCACAUAUGAAUUGACAUGGAGGAUGAAGAUGGGACUUGUCUACUUGAUGUUUUGUGUGACCCCCAAGCCCUGAACGACUUCCUUCAUGGGACCAAUGAGCUGCAGACUGAAGACCUGCUCAUUAGCUCCUCCUCUGGGGAGCCCUCCCUCUUCACAGAUGCCCCGAGCCCCGUCUCUCUGCUGGGAGAUGGCGUGGAUUCCCCGGACACGCCUCAAGCCGGGUGUGUGGAUCUAUCCUUCCUGGAGGAGGCUCUCCUGUCAUCGCCGGAGGGUGGAGAAGACCCACAGGGGGUGCAGGGUGGGCAACCCGCGGAGGGCGGAUGCGAGGCGAAGAAGGGAGACGUGCCGGAGGCGGAGGAGGCGGAGGUGGCGUGUGACAUCCUCCAGCAGAGCCUGCAGGAGGCGGAGAUCACGGAGCAGACCAUGGCUCUGGAGGCGGGUCUGUCCCAAACCGGGGACAGCCUGUCCCUGUACUCGCCGGCUCCUCUCCUCUCUCCUCCCAUCGUACCAUUCGUGCACAAGUCUGUGACCUUGCCCGUCACCGCGGCGUUGCCCAGAGACACCCAGGCGGCGGUGGAGCCUCCCCAGCCCUCGCUCCUGGCUGUCGGGCCUGGCUGCCCAUCUCUAAAACCCGCCGCCCCACCUCAGCUGAUGGGGCUCCUGCCUGGAAAUGUGUUCCCUGCUCCCUCUCCGGAGACCUCCUUCUCUCUGAGUCCUGCCCAGGGCUCCAGUAUGAUCAUCCACAAUGCUGUUCCCAGUGUGACCGGCCAUUCUCUCAUCAGCCCGACCCUGAGAGCAACAGCGGCCGCGCAAGGAAUCGUGCUGCAGAGGGCCCCCCUGCACAUCCAACCCAAGCUCCCCAUCAGCAUUCAGCCCAGGCUGGUUCAAAUUAGCCCCAAGCCUUCUGGGCAGAAGCCCACUCCAGCUCUUACCUUCGUCCCUGGGACCGCCUCACCGAAUAUUUUACUGUCCCAACCACCAGGCCAAAAGCCUACAGCUCCACCGCCGCAGCCCAACCAGCAGCUCCACAAGUCAGUCAGCCUGCAGUUAGUCAACCAGGGCGGCUCCUUUGUGCUCCAGCCUCAGGGACUCUUCCACGGCCAAAACCAGUUCCUUCUUCCAGGCCAGUCCCCGGUCACAAUCUCCCAGUCUGCCAGCGCAGCCCGAUCGCUGCUGACUCCCACUCACCAAGGCCCAUCGGUCCACGGCAUGACGCAGUCCGCCGGGCAGCUCGUAGACGGCUCUCAGAUCCUAACGGUGCCCCAAAGACAGCUGAACUUCAGCCCCGUCUUCACCACCCCCACAGGGCAGCUAGCGCUCCGCCAGGCCACCGUGCUUUCAGGACCCUUGCAUCUACAGUCAGCGCCCCCUACUGUCUUCCAGAUGCAAGCACAGCUGGCGGGAACCUACACCCCAGGACGACAGGGGCAGCGCGCCACCCUGGUCCACAGUCCCGCUCUCAGAAACCACAUCACCCUGAUCAACAGUUCAGGGGUGCUUCCCUCGGAUCUCACUUCCAUCUCAAUCGUCAACGGCCCCUCGGUGGUUCAGGGGCUCCCCUUUGCCGCCCAGGCCCCGGCUCCCGCGGUCGGAGUGACGGAGGGUCAGCUGAGCCUCCAGCAGGCGUCUGUGGUGCUGCUGCCGGAGAGAGCUGUUCAAGAGGAGAGGAGCAGUUCCGAAGAAGCGUUCCACCAAAUACCGCAGUCCUACGGUCACGUUCUCCAGCACGUCUCGGUGCAGCCCGCCCCCGCGGGGCUGCAGGCCCCCUCUCCCCCUGUGGUCACACUCCUGCAGCCUCCUCCUGAGCAGCCGCCUCCGGCCCCGCCUCCAGCCGCAGAGAUGCCCAAACUUCUGAUGCCCCCAGCCGACAUGACCCAGGUGGUGGAAGAGGUGGCCCGCUCCAUGGGUCAGAACCAGGCCUUUAUGCAACGUCUGCAACAGCAAGCACUUAGCUCUCCCAUCGCAUCCGACUUGCUGGCUGGAGCGCUGCCGGUGGUGCCGAUGGAGUCGCUCGCCUCACCCGAGGCCGACGAGAGAGAGACCCAACGCCAGACCCACGCAGACCCCGGUCAGGACGCCCACACGGCGACGUCUGACCAGUGUGUCGAGGCUUCUCCGCUUCACUCGGACCCCGAGGACACGCCGCUGCCCUGCUCCUCCCCUCCGGUCCAGGACACGGAGAGAACAGCUCCGGCAGCCUUCUCCCCACCGGCUGGACCUCAUGAGAUUACUCUGCCUGGACCCGAGAGUUCAGUCCCCCAGACCGCAGCUCCGAAGCUCCUCGUCGAGCCCCCAGCCCAGUACCAGGUCCCUCCUCAGCUCCAGGUCUCACAGGCCUUAUUUGGCCAGAUCCAGUCGUCUGCUUCCCAGCCUCUGCCCCAGGUCCAGGUCCAGGUCAAGGUCCAGGUCCAGGUCCAGGUCCAGCCGUCCGUUUCCCAGCCUCAGUCCUCGACCCGUCAGUCCUCCCCUGCGCUCGUCAGCGUCUCGGUGCCUCAGCAGCAGCCUGGUCCCACGGCUGCUGGUCUCUCCCAAGGAGGAGACAAGUCCGCUGUCCAACAGCACACACAAAACAAGCCAACAGCUGCCUUGGCCGUGGAGAGUAAAGCGCUUACUCCCGACGUCCAUCCACGCUCUCCUGCAGCCCCGGGAGUCCAGGUCCACGGGCCCCCGCCUCCCAGGGAAUGUGCCCCCGUCCAGACGACCCAGCUGACCGGCACCAAGCUGGCAGGUUCCCCGGAGCAGCAGACGGACGAGCGGCUCACACCAGCAAUGCGAAGGCACAGGUUCCAGCAGCAGCUUUGUUCGGACCACGGAGCAGUCCAGCACCCGUUCACCGGCCCGGCCUUUUCCACGCUGACGGACGCCGUCCGGCACCUGCUGCCGUACCACACGUGCGCCGGUCCCCUGCCGACUCCGACCGACUUCAGCUUAGUGGACCAGGAGUUUGACAGCGUGUCCGGUUUCCUGCUGAAACGCACCAAGGACAUGGUGAACAAAUACAGGCAGCUACUGGUCCGAGAAGCUCAGCAGGCGAGUCCGUCAGCGGAGAUGGUGAUGCUGGAGCGUCUCUUCCUCCAGGCCGAGCGAUACGCUCUAGCGGAGGACAGGCGGCGAGCCCGCAGAGACCCAGAGUCGUUCAUGAUGGCCUUGACCACAUCGGCGUCUUCCCCUCGUGAAGCCCACCCCUCUGGCCCCUCACGCCUCGACUCCUCCGGCAGCCCCUCCUCCUCCUCCUCUCCACCAGCUUGGUCCAGGGUGUCCGACCGGCCCCCGGGACUGAAGACGUACCGCUCCAGCUCCCGCGGCGCCCUCAGGCUCACCAUCAAGCAGGAGUCCGGCUCCCGCAAGGUGGUCCACAACUCGGCCUGCGACCCCGGACUCAAGAGGGACCACACGGGGCAGCUGACCAACGGCGGCGGAGCCGCGGGCGAGCGCCACCCUCAGGCACCGAACGGAGCGACCCGGCGCCCUCAGCGUGAUGAGGAAGCCUCCAACGGAGCUCCGCAGGGUGACGCCGCCGGCGAAGUCCCACAGACCACAGCACCCAGCGCCACAAUAAAAUCCCCAAGUCCUCUUUCUAUGCCAGAGCCCCCGGCCGCUGCGUGCUUCGAGUUGCCUCCCAGAGAUGUCAGUGCCCCAAAGCUGAAAUGUUACCGGCCGGAUGCGUCGCCCCGGCCGGAGCCGCGACCGAGUCCGCCGCCCGCGCCCCUCCAAGAGGACAACAUGCUCAGCGAACAUCUACAGAGUGCCAUCGACAGCAUCCUGGAGCUGCAGCGCCUGCAGGGCCCCUCGGCAGCCGCGACCAGGGCCACGUCAGGCCCGUCGCUGGAGCAGGCUGUCACCAGCAUCCUGGAGGGACACCUGUGAGGUAACGUGCCCUGACAGACGUCUGAGGGGAGGUGCCCUCGACUUCCCGUCUGUGCCCGGAACUAAAAGAGAGUUUUUGUUCCUGGGUUUCAGAUUUUAACUUUUAA